UUACAGUUAUCAUAUUGAAACGAAAAGAUGAUCAAAGGGAAACGAAAAUUUCGGGAAGCAUUUGGAAUUGAUGAGAAUAUCUCUUCGAAUUACUUCCAGCAGCAUUUCGAGGAAACUUUAAAUCCAACUAUUGCGACUACGUUAUCCGCAUCAACUAGUGAACCGAAGCGUAUUGUUCUGGAGGAUCUUGGAAUGGGUUUAUUCCAGCAGCGUUAUUUUAUGCUGGAUGAUAAUAUUUUAAAACAAGAGGGAAUUGGAAAUUUUGGUUUUAAUUUGAAAUUAUUGAAAAAUUUCGAAAUUCUUAAUGGAAAUCCGAUGAGCAGCGCGCAACUAUCAUUGUAUACUAUUAUCGGCAGAUAUAUUGAUCUUUGUGCAACAGGAUUAAAAAUCGAUUGCACACCGUUGUAUUGUUUGCAUGCAAUCAAUCAUAUUACGCAAACACGAAAUACUAUAAUAAAGAAUAAGCAGUUUCUGCAAGAGCGUCGCGAAAAGGGGACGCUCACCGAAGAUGAUAUUGAAAUGACACGUGAUCAGGGAUUAUCUCGGCCCAAAGUGUUGAUUAUUUGUCCGAUGAAAAAGGAUGUCUUUCCAAUUAUUGAAAACUUCCGGAUGCUGAUAUUUGGUAAUUCAGACAAACCGUUUAUUUCUAAUUAUCGGCGUUUCAAAACGGAAUUUGGUGAUACAGGAUUCAAAAUAUCGGAAAAAAGAAAGGUCCCUGCUGAUUACCGGAAACUUAUGAGUGGAAAUAUUGAUGAUUGCUUCCGGAUUGGUGUUGCACUUGCAAAAAAAAGUUUGAAACUUUACACGGCGUUUGAUGAAUCGGAUAUUUUAAUCGCUUCACCACUGGGUUUACGGAUGAUUGUAGGUGAAGGUGGUGAAAAUAACGCGGAACGAGAAACGGACUUCUUAGCCUCUAUAGAAGUGUUAAUCAUUGAUAAGGCUGACAUAUUACUAAUGCAAAAUUGGGAGCAUUUAUUGAAUGUUGUCAGCAGUUUACAUAUACAACCGAAGAAACUCACAGUUGAUAUAUCACGAGUUCGACGUUGGAGCCUUGAGCAAUACUCCAAAUUUUACAGACAAACGGUGCUGAUAUCAGAAGAACGUCGUGCGGAAUGUGAUGCAUUAUUUGCUCUUUAUUGCGGUAAUUUUGCUGGAUUUGUCAAGUUACUUACACCAAGCAAAGGAUUGCUAGAUAAUAUAGAAAUUCCGUACUGCCAAGAACUGCAACGGAUCGAUGUUGACAUGGCAGAAAAUCAAUCUGAUAUCCGAUUUAAAUUUUUCAAGGAAAAGAUUCUGCCGAAGUGUGAAUUAGGUACAGUUAUCUUUAUCCCGUCAUAUUUUGACUUCGUGAGGAUUCGGAAUUAUCUGAAAAAUGAAAACGAAAGUUUUGUCCAACUUCAUGAGUAUGCAAAGGAAGGGAAGGUAGCAAAAGCGCGGGCGUUAUUCUACAUGAAGGAAAAGAAAUUUAUGCUUAUAACAGAACGUUUUUAUUUUUAUCGACGUUACAGCAUUAAGGGUAUCAAGUCGCUCACUUUUUAUCAACCUCCGGCGCAAUCCAAAUUUUACCACGAAAUGAUUAACCGGACGGACUGCAAUUAUGCUUAUGUUCGUGUGCUAUAUACAAAGUUUGAUUUUCUUCGUAUGGCUCAUAUAUUCGGUGAUAAUUGCAUACGGCAGAUAAUGUCUUCCACAAAAACAACGCAUGUUUUGGUAAGCCGAUAA